AUGCAGAAUAUUCAGAGCUUCAGUGUAGCGGAGGCUGCUGCUGGUGCUGCUGCUUUUUACCUGGUUUUCCUUUAAGAGAUUAAGUUCAUGUAGAAAACAAGUGGACUAACAGACACCCUACGGACUCCCAAAUUCUCUCUUCUCGAGUUGCAGCCAAAAGGCAGAAGAGGAGGCAUCCUCCUCAAUCACCUCAAGUGAAUUUCCAUCGUGUUCUCAUGGAGAGAGGGAAAAAGUUUGCUACGACUUAUUGAACAUCGGUUUUCACGAAGUUUUCCCCUUUUUGUCUUACUUUGGACAAUUUUAGCGUAAAAAAACUGGGAUUGAGGGGGUGAAUAACAUACUACGCAUGUUUCAGGUGGAAUAUUCGCAUCUGUGAGCGCUAUUCUUGAGUCAGCCCUAUUGUCAUGAGAUUGAUGUGAACGUUUGGCUCGUGACAGAACGGUGUACCUUAGUUUUACCACAAUGAAGGACGACUUCAAUGAUGAAGAGGAAGUGCAGUCUUUUGGCUACAAAAGGUUUGGUAUCCAGGAGGGAAGUGAAUGCACUAAAUGUAAAAAUGACUGGGCCCUGAGGGUGGCCAUUGCUCUUCUGUAUGUGCUUUGUGCGCUGCUCACCAUAGCUGUGGCUGUGCUGGGAUACAAAGUGGUCCAAAGGAUGGAUAAUGUAACAGAAGGUAUGGAGAAUUAUGGAGGGAAAAUCAUGGCUGUAGAGACAGACCUCAAGAAACUUGAUGAUGAAACGGGAGAGAAAUCAGAGAACGCCACCAGUGAACUCCUCUCAUUCAAGUUGGAAAUUCAGACCUUGCAGAAGCAGCUCAGCGACAUUGCCAUGAAGGCUUCCAGCAACAAAGCUGUUCUCGAUGAGCUACGGCUAGCCGGCGAGGACAUGCAGAGCGGACACCUCUCACUGCGAGAUCUGCUGGAGAGCAACGUCAACGUCAUCAGCAAAGUAAACCACACCUUAAACUCAUACAGCGGCCUGAUUGACAAACUAAAGACUGACACGGCUCGGCUCCAGACCGAUCUUCAGGUGCAGGCGAACGAACAGGGACGAAACACUCACAGCAUCAGCACUCUGAACUUCACCCAGACCCAGCAGAGGAGCCUCAUCAGCUCCCUCCAGAGGUCAGUUGAGGACACAAGCCAGGCUGUCCAGAAGCUUAAGAAUGAUUAUCAGAGCCUUCAGCAGGUGGCUAGGCAGACCAAAGCGGAUGCCGACUGGCUGAGGGAGAAGGUGCAGAACCUCCAGGCUUUAGCUGCUAAUAAUUCUGCACUGACUCGCUCUAACAGUGACUCUCUGGAGGACGUGACCUCUCAGCUGAACUCGCUUUCAGAGCAGGUGCAGAACGCCUCGGCCAUCACCGACGGCCACGACCAGAGCCUGCGUGAGCUCAUGGAUCUGCAGCGAGACCACGACAAUGCCACUUCCAUGAAGUUUGAUGCACUAGAGACACGUCUUGACCGCAAUGAGGGGGAAAUGGAUCGCAUUACAGGGAAUGUUAGCUUCACCACGCAGCUGCUCGGAGCGAUCAGCAUGGACCUGAAUGGUCUGCGCACCUGCGCCGAGACGGUGACCCGGCACUCGGACCUGCUGCUGGGGCUGAACAACAGUGUGACAGAAACUAAGGCGGACAGCACAGAGCUCAAAGCCCAACAGGAGGAACUCGCUACCAGGCUCGACAAAGAAGUCAGCAGCCUCUCCAUAGUCAUGGAGGAAAUGAAACUGGUCGACAGCAAACACUCGCAGCUCAUCACAAACUUCACUAUCCUUCAGGGUCCUCCUGGUCCAAGAGGUCCUCGGGGAGACAAAGGGUCCCAGGGGCUGCCUGGCAAAGCUGGCCAGAAAGGUGAAAUUGGUGAAAAAGGAGCACCUGGUAUUGCUGGGCCUAAGGGAGAAAGGGGUCCAGCGGGGCCUCCUGGUGUGCCAGGGUUAAAAGGGCCACCUGGAUCAAGAGGAAGCCCUGGGCCAAAGGGUUCACGAGGAUCAGGGGGCAGGGCGGGGCCUUCAGGAGAGAAAGGUGACCCUGGUAUACCUGGUCUGCCUGGAAGAGAUGGUCAGCCAGGUCCUUCUGGGCCUCAAGGGCCCCAGGGACUCAGAGGGCCAGCUGGGCCUGCAGGACUGGAAGGAGCCCGUGGGCCCGUUGGCCCCAUUGGCCCACCUGGACCUCCUGGAUUACCAGGACUUCCUGCACCAGUAGUUUUGCCCCCGGUAGAUCCACAAGGCUUUGUCAACCGCCAGGUAGCACCGCCUCCUACAAGUACACCAGGGUGCCCACCUCAGUGGAAGAGCUUCAGAGAUAAAUGUUACUACUUCUCAGCUCAAACAGAGAGUCUGAACUUUAAUGAAACAAUGGAAAGAUGCAGCAACAAGAGUUCAUCUAUGCUGAUUAUCAAUGAUGAAGAUGAGCAGCUAUGGAUAAAGAGGCAGAUUUCUGGAAAGGGCUACUUUUGGCUGGGCCUCACAGAUAGCGAAGAUGAAAACAUCUGGAGAUGGGUGGAUGGGAGCCUGCCCAACUAUACGAAAUGGAAACCUGGACAGCCUGAUAACUGGAGCCAUGGUCACGAGGCUGGGGAAGACUGUGCAGGUUUAAUACAUGAGGGCAAUUGGAAUGACUUUUUCUGCACAGAACGCAUUGGUUUCAUUUGUGAACGAACUAAUGAAUCCAAAGUUCCAGUUUUAUAGCAUCUGUUAUGAAUGAACAGAGAAUAUUGGAUAUGACAAUCACAGAGACAGUUCAGAAGACUUCUGUCACAGUAUCCUCUCACAAAGCACGAACAAUCGCUUCUUUGCCCAGAGAUCAGCAUACGUGACGGACGCAAAAGUAAACGUCAUUGACAAUCACGAGCAAGUCAAGACUGCAAACUAUUUUAAAUACACUGAUCACCAGUCAUGUUAAUGAUAAGUGAAAAGGCUGUAAUGUAUUGUAAUCAUGUGAUUGUAAAUACCUGUUUUACCUGUCAUUAACAAAGCUGAUGCCACAUUAAUCCAGUGCAAUACAAUGAAGCUUUGUAGCUGCUUUAAUUAAAAUAAAGCUUUGAACAGCCAACCAUAAUGAUACAAAUUAAUAUGUUGAUAUGUUUUAAUGACUAUAAUCCAAAAUUUGUUCACGCCAGAGUUUUACUUCUUAAGUCUUGGACAUCAAUGAUGUGAUUUUGUGAAUAAAUCUUUAACACUUUGAUUUUUCAAAUAUUUGAUUAUGCAGUAGCUAUGUAUAAAAUAGUUGUGUAUUUGAAUACAUGUACAUGUAUGUAAUCAUCAUGAAAGACCAUGUUUUUAUCUGAAAUAAAAUAUAGUUGGUAUUUUUCAA